GGCAUUUAAUGAAAGUAAAAGUCCACUUUGUGGAGUUUGUGUUUAUCUUUGUCCGAAAACGGCAACCUCAUCAUGUCGGAGCUCUGACACGCCCUCAAAUCUCUGGAUUUUCAAGUUCUUGCAACUCCCAACCCGAAUAAUGCUCCCUACAGUGCUUCUCCUCCUGUUCCUGCAGUUGGCAGCAGCUCCAUCCUCAGCUCUCGACUUCAUCUUCAACUCCUUUCCCGCCGGCGCCAACCUCACCCUCAUAAACCAUGCCCGCAUCGACCCGCCUGUGAUCCGCUUCACCAACGACUCCGAGCAGUACUCAAGCGGCCGCGCCUUCCUUCCCUACAGAGUCCCCUUCAAGCCCCCAAACUCCACCAACGCCACGACGUCGUUUUCCACCCAAUUCGUCUUCUCAAUCCUCCCCGAAAUCGCCGACAGCCCCGGCUUCGGCCUCGCCUUCGUCCUCUCCAACACCACCACCCCUCCCCGCGUCGUCGCGGGCCAGUACUUCGGCCUCUUCACCUCCCCGCCGCGCACGGUGGCGCCGCUCCUCGCCGUCGAAUUUGACACCGGCCGGAACACCGAGUUCAACGAGGUGAAUUCCAACCACAUCGGCGUCGAUUUGAACAGCGUGUUGUCGGAAGUAACCGAAACGGCUGGGUAUUACGAUUCCAAUUCUACAUUUGUGGAAGUUAAUAUGAGAAGUGGGCAGAAUGUCCACGCUUGGGUCGAAUUCAACGGCCCGGAAAAUGAAAUCAAUGUCACGAUCGCGCCGGCCGGAAUGCCCCGCCCGGCGAGGACUCUGCUGUCGUAUAAAAGCCCGUUGAUUGCAGACUACAUCGCGGCGGAGAUGUUUGUCGGAUUUUCGGCUUCAAAAACGGAGUGGGUUGAGGUGCAGAGGCUGCUAGCUUGGAGUUUUAGCGAUGAAGGAAUUGCUAGGGAUAUCAACACUACUGGUUUACCAAUUUUCCGGCCGGCAAAUCCGGGGUCGUCUUCCCUCUCGAAUGGGGCGGUUGUGGGGAUCGCGGUGGGGUGUGUGGCAGCGGUGGUGGCGGCUGCAUUGCUCUUGACCUAUUGGUUUUGGUGGAGAAAAAGGGGAGAUUUGGAUGACGAUGAUGAUGACAUUGAGGAUUGGGAGAUGGAAUAUUGGCCUCACAAAUACUCAUACGAGGAGCUCAGCGUGGCCACAAAGGCGUUUUCGAGUGAAGAGCUUUUAGGAUCGGGUGGUUUUGGGAAGGUUUAUAAAGCUACAUUGGGCAACAACAUGGAGAUGGCGGUGAAGUGCGUGAACCAUGACUCCAAGCAGGGGUUGAGGGAGUUCAUGGCUGAGAUCUCGAGUAUCGGUAGGCUGCAGCACAAGAAUCUAGUGCAGUUGAAAGGGUGGUGCAGGAAAGGAAAUGAGCUGAUGCUAGUGUAUGACUACAUGCCUAAUGGAAGCCUCAACAAUUGGAUCUUUGACAAGCCCAAGCGCUUGUUGAGUUGGGAGGGGAGGAAGAGGGUUCUUGCUGAUGUUGCAGAGGGUUUGAGCUACCUUCACCACGGUUGGGAUCAGGUGGUGGUUCACAGAGACAUUAAGUCCAGCAAUGUGUUGCUGGAUGAUGAUCUGCGUGGUAGGUUAGGCGAUUUUGGCUUGGCGAAGCUGUACACUCAUGGACAGGUGCCUAACACGACUCGGGUAGUGGGGACGUUGGGUUACUUGGCGCCUGAGGUGGUGACAUUGGCUUCUCCAACUGCAGCUAGUGAUGUGUACAGCUUUGGUGUUGUGGUGUUGGAGGUGGCGUGUGGGCGGAAGCCUAUUAUGACGGGGGUGGCGGACGAGGAUGAGGAGAUUUUGAUAGACUGGGUGAGGGGUAAGUAUGUGCAGGGGAGGAUCUUGGAGGUGGCGGAUGCGAGGAUUGAGGGGGAGUACGAGGUGGGGGAGAUGGAGGCCGUGUUGAAGCUUGGGUUGUCUUGCUGCCACCCUGAUCCUAGCCGGAGGCCUACUAUGAAGGAGGUCACAGCAAUGUUGUUGGGCGAGCACGUGGAGAUGGAGCCGAGGGAUAUGUUGUCUGGAUUGACUCCGGUGCAGAGCAUCAUUGAUAGAGAUGAAGGUGAAAAGGAGCAAGAAAAGGUGUUCCUGCCUCCUCAAGAGGAGGUGUGAAGGUCUAUUUUGUUCUUGUAGGUGUUUUGGUAUUUGAUAUGUAUAUAUACAGGUUUGUUGUGUGACUUGAUUGAUUAUUUGAGGUUCUUGCCAUUGUUGUUGUAUCAUAUAGUUGGGAUUUUCCAUUUAUGAACAAAGUGCUUGGCUACAUUUCCUUA